AUGGAGGUGAAUGCGGUUGAAAAACGCCAUCGAACACGAUCCAAAGGAGUCCGAGUGAAGGAGUAUAUAGAUCAGGUGGAUGAGGUGAUGAUGGGUGGAGGGUGGGUGGAGCUCUGCGCUGUGGGGGUCAGAGGUCGCGGGCGUGGAUUCCCUGGAGCCAGGCGGUGUGCGUUGGCCGGCGGUCUGUGCGUCUUCAGGGCAGAGCAGCUUGAAAGCUGCAGCAGAAUGACUCAGAGCUCGGGAGACUGUCCAACCCCAGGCUGUGAUGGCAGCGGUCACGUCAGCGGGAAGUACGCCAGACACCGCAGUGUCUACGGCUGCCCGCUGGCCAAGAAGAGGAAGGCUCUGGAAAAACAGCCGCUGGAGCCGGCUCCCAAGAGGAGGCCCUUCCUAACCUCCUGCCCGGGGGAGGUAAUAGAGGAAGACGAGGAGGAAGAGGAAGGGGAGAGAGGAGACGAGGAAGAGGACGGAGAUGUCGACGACGAGUUCUCGGAAGACAACGAGGAGCAGGGAGAGGAGGAGGAAGAGGAGGAGGAGGAAGAGGAAGAAGAGGAGGAGGUAGAGGAGGAAGUGGAAGAUGGCGAUGGCGACGGCGACGAUGAGGAUGAUGAGGCAGACGAAGACGAGCAAGAGGAGGACGACGAGGAAGAGGAGGAGCAGCAUCGUCAGCAGAUAGAGAACCACUACAAACCGAGUGGACAAUCAAAGCUCAUUCCAAUACAAAAGGACGACAACAACAACAGCUGCGCCAUCACCGCUGGCAACGUCAACGCAGAGGAUUACGAGAACUACGACGAGCUGGUCGCCAAGUCGCUGCUCAACCUGGGCAAGAUCGCCGAAGACGCCGCAUACCAGGCCAUGACCGAGUCCGAGAUGAACAGCAACUCCUCCAACAGUGCCGGGGAAGACGACGACGACGAGGAUGAAGAUGGUAGUGAGCAAGGGGACAGAAAAGGCGAGCUGAGCGUCGACCUGGACAGCGACGUCGUCCGGGAGACGGUGGACUCCCUGAAGCUUCUCGCACAGGGCCACGGCGUCAUGCUACCUGAGGAUGGUUACCCAGAAGGCGUCAUGAUGGAAGACGGUUGCCACGCCAACGGCAGACACGUUGGGAUCAGAGUUCAAGGCGACGAGAGCGAGGAGGAGGUGUGUCUCAGCAGUCUGGAGUGUCUAAGGAAUCAGUGCUUCGAUUUGGCUCGGAAACUGAGCGAGACGCAGCCCUGUGAUCGCCCCGCCCUUCACGCCCUCCAUCACCAACUCCAAAGCCAAGCGGACCCGCAGAUGAUGCAUCAGCUGACCAGUUACACCAGCUGCCUGCAGGGAAUGUCGGAUGAUCCCAGAUGCCUGGAGCGCAGCUACUCCGACAUGGCGAACUUGAUGAAGCUAGAGGAGCAGCUGAGUCCGGCGUCCAGAGGUUACCCGACCAGCUGCAGCCAAGAAGGCGACGAAGACACGACAUCGGUGGCCUCCGACCGCUCCGACGAGACCUUCGACAUGGCCAAAGGAAACCUGUCACUGCUGGAGAAGGCCAUCGCCCUGGAAUCAGAGAGGGCCAAAGUCAUGAGGGACCGGAUGGCCUCAGAGCACGCGAUGCCCCGGCGGGAUCACAAUCAUCAUCGUGGCCACGGCGAACAUAACCCGAGGCUGAGCACCACCGCCGAGGAGCGCAAGUCCAGAAUGCAUCACGACGGGAUGAAGAGGGCGUACUACCCUAAAGACUCCUCCAGGGGCGAGAAGAAGGAGAGCAAGUGUCCGACGCCAGGCUGCGACGGCACCGGUCACGUGACGGGUCUGUACCCGCAUCACCGCAGCCUGUCCGGGUGUCCUCACAAAGACCGAGUCCCGCCUGAGAUCCUUGCCAUGUAUGAAAAUGUUUUAAAGUGCCCUACUCCUGGCUGUUCUGGACGGGGUCAUGUCAAUAGCAACAGGAACUCUCAUCGCAGUCUGUCCGGCUGCCCCAUCGCCGCUGCAGAGAAGAUGGCGAAGGUCCACGAGAAGAGCCACAUCAUUGAAACCCCCGGCAGUAAGACCAAUCAGACGUCAGAUCGGGUUCUCAGGCCGAUGUGUUUCGUCAAGCAGCUUGAGAUCCCACAGUGCGGCUACAAAAACAACGUUCCCACCAGCACGCCGCGGUCCAACCUGGCCAAGGAGCUGGAGAAAUACUCCAAGACCAGCUACGACUACAGCGGCUACGACGGCCAGCACGGCGGUUACGCAAAGAGAGGCCUGACGAACAGGACCCACCACGGACGGGACACCUCCCCGAAGGGAUACGACGCUAAGCGCUACUGUAAGAGUCCGGCCAGCAGCACGACCAGCAGCUACGCUCCCAGCAGCAGCAGCAGCCUGAGCUGUGGAGGGGGAGGAGGCGGAGGAGGAGGAGGGGAAGGUGGAGGGGGCGGUGGAGGAAGCAGCGCCAGCAGCACCUGCAGUAAGAGCAGCUUCGACUACACCCACGACAUGGAGGCGGCUCACAUGGCGGCCACGGCCAUCCUCAACCUGUCGACGAGGUGCAGGGAGCUCCCGCACGCUCUGGGAGGGAAACCCCAGGACCUGCUGACACAGAGUCCGGUAGGCGAGAUGGACGACAGAGGUGCGGUGGAGGUGUCCGGUCAGCCCGGCGGUCCGGAGGGCAGCGGGACGGUGUUGACCCCCCUGCAGCCGAUGUCGCCCCAGCGGCAGGCUCUGCUCAGCAGCCGCUGCUACCAGCUGAGCGAAGCCGACUGCUGGGAUCUGCCCGUCGACUACACCAAGAUCAAACGGCUGGGGGACGAGCAGGACCACAAAGAGGUAACUGGAAGCGACGAGAUGGACCCGUUCCAGGAGCUGCUGGACGAGCAGCGCUACCCGGCCGAGGUGACCAUGCCCAGCCCCAAACACCACAAAUACCCGCCCUGCAAGGAGAGCAAGAAGGAGCUCAUCACGUUGUCGAGCUGCCAGCUGGCUGACAAGAACAUGCGUGGGAUGAUGGCGGCCAACUCGCAAGAACUCAAGUGUCCGACUCCCGGCUGUGACGGAUCAGGACACAUCACAGGAAACUACGCCUCCCACAGGAGUCUGUCUGGUUGUCCACGAGCCAAGAAGAGCGGCAUCAAAAUCCUCCACAGCAAAGAAGAAAAAGACGACCAGGAGCCAAUCAAGUGUCCGGUCCCCGGCUGUGACGGACAGGGUCAUGUGACGGGGAAGUACGCCUCCCAUCGCAGCGCGUCAGGCUGCCCCCUGGCGGCCAAGAGGCAGAAGGACAGCUACGUCAACGGUUCACAGUUUGUCUGGAAAUCGGGCAAGACGGACGGCAUGACCUGCCCGACCCCCGGCUGCGACGGCUCGGGACACGUGAGCGGGAGCUUCCUGACCCACCGGAGUCUCUCCGGUUGUCCUCGAGCCACCUCGGCCAUGAAGAAGGCCCGGAUGAGCGGUGUGGAGAUGCUGACAAUCAAGCAAAGAGCGAGCAAAGGCAUCGAAAACGAUGAAGAAAUCAAACAGCUGGAUGAAGAAAUCAAAGAUCUGAACGAGUCCAACACCCAAGUGGAGUCAGACAUGAUUAAACUGAGGACACAAAUCACCACCAUGGAGACCAACCUGAAGUCCAUCGAGGAGGAGAACAAGGUGAUCGAGCAGCAGAACGACUCCCUGCUGCACGAGCUGGCCAACCUCAGCCAGUCGCUCAUCAACAGCUUAGCCAACAUCCAGCUUCCUCACAUGAGACCGCUGCCACAGAAAGAGGCCCCAGUAAAGCAUAACUGCUGUUUACAGAUGCCUCCCAGAGAGCCAAUGAAUGAACAGAACUUUGACACAUAUGUGAGUACGUUGACAGACAUGUACACCCACCAGGACCAGUACCAGAGCCCGGAGAACAAGGCGCUGCUGGAGAACAUCAAACAGGCUGUUCAGGGCAUCCAGGUCUAG